AAACUUCGCGGUUUUUCUGUCCCGUGACCGCAGCGAUCCUAACGUUUGGGGGCUGUACUACAUAAAUGAACGUUCUUGUUCUAUUUUAUAGUUAUUACUAGGUUACUCAUUAACUCCGGAGUUUUUACUACACAAGUGAACCUAAAGGUUGCAGUUCGAGAUUGCGAAAAUAAGAGCGCCACACGAAGUGGAAAACGGGAACUGCGCAGUCGUCCUAUCUCUCACGGCGAAAAAGGGGCGUUUCUUUUCGCGCGCCCAUGUAUGCUACGGCCUGCGGUGUCCCAAAGGCCGCUUUUACCGCUGUAAAGUUUGUUUUAGCGAAACCCAUGCAAGAUUCAGCCAAACAGACGCAUCCAUGGAUUCUCGCCACAGCACAGCAUCACAAAUCAUGCUGUGCUGAGUGGUGUCGGAAUUCUUCACGACACACCGGCAUAAAAUUCUUCCGGAUCCCGGCGGACGAAAGAUCUCGCGCUUGGCUUCAGUAUGCGAGACGGCAGGACCUGGCUCAUUUACCACCUUGUCAGAUCUACAGCAGCUACCGCCUGUGCUCUGCCCAUUUCACCAGCAGAGACUACGCAGACCCUGGACAGACGAGGCUGCUAAGAUGUGCUGUGCCAACAGUUUCCAUCUUUGGCGAUGGGCAGACACACGUCGAAAGUCCAGGCUCUCCUCGGCCCGCGAAUACCACUACGAUGCCCGCUCACAGCGCCGAUGAAGGAGUUCAACAGGCUGAGCCCCCAUGCUCUCCUCGGCCCGCGAAUGCCACUACAAUGCCCGCUCAAAGCGCCGAUGAAGAAGUUCAACAGGCUGAGCCCCCAUGCUCUCCUCGGCCCGCGAAUACCACUGCAAUGCCCGCUCACAGCGCCGAUGAAGAAGUUCAACAGACUGAGCCCUCAUGUUCCAAUCCAGCGGGUCGACAACACAAGCCUUCUAGGUGCUCGCCCCGGACAGCCAGAAAAAUGAAGAACCUGGAGAAGAUAAAUUCAAGGCUUCGGAAGGCACUGUCAAGAAUUGGCAAGAGAAAGGUUAAAAGCUUUCCCAGUCCGAGGCGUUGAAUGCUAUCAGGCCCUACGUCCGCAAGAUAUUCUUUAGAUUGCUUGAGACUCAAGUUAAAAUUAAUGGUGUGAAACGUAGAGGACGGAGGUGGUCGCCCGAGCACCGCCAGUUCGCUUUAAACUUAUACUUUCAUGGUCCGAAAGCGUACAGACAUCUGUCAAGACUGCUUGACAUGCCAACUGUGAGGUCGCUAAAGCAGUGGUUAUCAAAUAUUCCGAUGACUCCCGGAGUUAUUCCAACCGCUAUUGAAGCCCUCGAAGAAGCUACCCGAAAUUUGCAUUUAACAGAUCGUGCGUGCACAUUAAUAUUUGACGAAAUGUCCUUGAAGGAACAUCUGCAGUAUGAUGCAAAGCAUGACAUUGUGAUGGGAUUCUCCGAUGACGGUAGGCAAAGAACACCAGCCGUGGCAAAUUCAGCGCUCCUGAUACUUGUGGCAGGCAUUUCAAAAACGUGGAUUGAGCCUGUUGCUUACACAGUAUCAAGGACCAAAACGCCCGCAGAUACUCUUCAUCAUCUGAUCAUAACAUUAAUCAAGCAGCUGCAGGGAGCCCGGUUUUUUGUGAAGGCGCUCAUCUGCGACCAGGGGGGAAGCAACAUCACUUUGGCAAAUAAGCUAGGUGUGACGCCUGAAGAGCCGUUUUUUGUGCUUGAAGGCCGCAAGAUUUAUUUCCUAUAUGACACACCACACUUACUUAAAUGCACAAGGAAUAAUCUCCGCGCACCUCACAAGCUCCAUAUCGGGCAAGAAAUUGUGGAUUGGUCUUUCAUUACGCAACUAUACGAAAGCUCGCAUCCUCUCAAACUCAAAUUGGCGAAGAAACUAACCGACAACCACAUUUACCGGAAGCCUUUCAAUAACAUGAAAGUUAAAUAUGCCAGCCAGGUGAUGAGCGAAUCGGUCUCAGUGGCCAUUGAUGUAUUCAUUGCUCUUGGCGUGUUGCCGGCAUCCGCCAAACCAACAGCUGAUUUUCUCGAGAAGAUAGAUAAGUUAUUCGACUGUCUGAAUAGCUCUUCUGUAAAAAAAGCCAGUGACAAGUUACGUUAUGCAAUUUCGGAAGGGUCCGAACACCUAGCCUUUUUGCGGGAGUGCCUGUCGUGGGUUGAAAGCUGGAAAUUUGACGGGCCUCGGCAACCACACACAGUUGAGGCAUGGAAGGUCACUUUAAAGGCUAUCCUUCUCCUCUGGGACGACCUCUUCCAAGAUUUUGAUUUUCGUGUUCUCUUGACUCGCUGGCUACAGCAGGACCCCCUGGAGAACCUUUUCGGGCUGCUUAGGUUAAAGCAUGGCUGCAAUCACAACCCAAAUGUGCUUCACUUCACAUCAGGUCUGAAACACAUUUCUGUUGGCAAACUGGUUGCCCUUUUUUGAGAAGGAAACUGAACAGGAUCGCAGCACUGUGUUGGCACAAAUGUCAGAGCCACCUCAUUCGCUUCCUACUACUUGUGAUGCAGCGCCAACAGUCGAUAUGCUUCCUGAUGAGGAACAGCCCGCUAGCCAUGAUAUAGUAGAGGAUAACGUUCUCUACUAUGUUGGGGGAUAUCUCGUACGGCAAUUUUUGUUGCACAGGCCUCCACACUGUGUGUGCAACACCCUUUUGAAGAAUGCCGACCGCCAGCUUUGUGCAUCACACCAGUAUUUUGCUAUGUUUAAGGCAAGCAACAUCUCCUCAGAUUUAUUUGGCAAUGUAACAAUGCCUUCUGACGAUUGCUUUCAGGAUAUUAAGGCCAUGGAAGCUUGCUUUUUGGAAUAUAUCGGUGUUGUGGCGCACCUGCCUAAUGUGAGUGGAGUUUUGGCAGGCAUUUUGUACAGUUGUAUGGGAAGGCAAAAAUUCUGCUCUGAAGAAUGCAAGAAAGCCUUUGUGCACCUCUUUGCAAGGAUUCGCCUGUUGUGGCACAUUCGCUUUGUGAACAUCUCCUUGGCUAAACAACGCACCAGAAAAUCUGCUGCAGCACGAAAAAUGCGGAAGUUUUUGUAACUUUUAGGAUUCUGUUUGCAUAUUUGAGGUCUUGAAAAAACUGAGCGCUCAGAAAACACGGACGACAAAAAGACACACAUAUGCGCAAAAGUAGGCGCUACUUCCAUAUUUUUGAGUCGCCGCUACUUCUAUAGCUGAGGUCACCAUUUUCUGCCUCUGAAGCGGACAUGUGUGUGUACUAUUUAUCUGCUUGUAUUUUGUUUGUUUUUUUCAUUAAGCAAUAUAGGUACGUUACGCUGAAGAAAGCAUAAACCCUUCGUGUUAUUUUAUCAGAACACUCUAUAGUGGCUUCAGUAUUUUGUAAAUUUUUGCUUAAGCUUUUAUAAAGAAACCUGAUGCUGAAUAGAAAAUGUAGCAAUGUCUAACUCCGGUACCUUAUGGUUUUUGUAUCAUUUCCUCUUGCAUCCUAAGUGUGCGGUGUGCCGUAUUAUCUUGUCCCACUCAUGGGAUGAUUUUAUAUCGGGAUACGUGCUGUGAACUUGUGUAUAGUUAUUACUGUUUUUCUUUUGUCUUUGUAUAGACGUAUGUGCGGCAAUGUGCACUGGAUUGAUACUAGGUUAUUAGCAUGCUGGCAUGUGCGGUCCACUUUUGUAUGCGACCAAAAACGUAAAACAUUCAAGUUGUAUUUUUACUGCAUAAA